AUGACUGUAUUCAGCUUAGACAAAUACGAGUCCUUCAUCGACCCCUCCAUUGCGGGAAAGGACUGUAGCUUGACGAUUCUUAAUCCGAGUAACUCUCGUAUCUCCGCAAGAGGAAAUGUUGCCUUAUCCAAUUUUGCAUGUGAGGAUGCCUUCGUUGAAAUAAAUGGACAGAAAUUCUGCGGCAAUGAGGAGGUUGACGUUGAAAUAAACGAUCAGUUCGAUUUGAUUUUCUUCGGAAAUUUCGCCACUGGAUCAAGCCCUCCUGGAGUCGGAAGUAUCAGAAUCGAUGUCUACAAUCAUUAA